GAAACUAAUUCAGCCAAAUAUGUUAUUUAUUUAUCUCACCUAAUUCUACAAAACGACUUGAAACUAAUUUCCAAGUAAUUUUUUGUGUGCCUCUUUGGACAAGUAAGAGGAGGUAAACAGGAAUGAGACAAGAUUCUGACGCCCAAAAAAGGGAAGCCACAAGUGCCAGUGUGGAUGGCACUGGGCCCUUGGACGCGCACGGGACGGGGUCUAUAGAGCAGGGCUCAGAGCGGGGGAGGCUAGACCUCCUACGCCCGAUACGAAGACCCGACUUCUCCGAGUUCUUUAGUCGUGGCAAAUGGUGUGGAGACCAGGAUCAACUGGUAAAUAAAGUGAGUAAUCAGAUUUGUAAACUGCUCACUCCUAGGACCCCCCCCACCGCCCGGCGUGCACUGACAGCUUGGCUCUGGGAUCCCCUGACUGGAAAUACGUGUCCAGCAAGCACCAGAGCCCAAUCCUGUACAAAGCCAGACUGUCCUAAGGACGAGGAAGCAGGGCUGUCCUGUCAGUCUUAAACCUGGUUCCACCAGGAGAAGCAGCCAAGAAGUAGGACACAAACUUCGGGACUGAAGCGUACUCUGAUCUCCCCUCAGCGGUUGGCCGUGUUUUUGGCGCCAAAACAACCUUUGGGGUCCGUCCCCUUCAGGAACUACGAGACGUCAGACACGUCAUCAGUAAUUCUCCGCCUCGUUAAAUAGUCCUGUCUACGAUUGUCCCGGAUACACGUUUUUCCACUCAGAAGUCCUUCGAUAGACAGGAAAUGAGUCUCGGAGGCGCCUCAUCUUUCUGCUCGAAUAGCAGUGUGGGUUUUCUAAUAAUUUUUCCUCUACAGAUUCCUCCGCCAAAAAUACUUGCUGCUCAUUCACUUCCGGGUCCGCCAUUUUGUUACCUCAAUUUCUCCACGAGGGGGGGGUUAAAGGCCCCAAAAAUAUGCAUGUAUGAAAAAGCCCCAAAGUAACUGUCAAUGACAAGGAGUCUUACUAGAAAAGGAAAGGGGACCGAGGGGACCAAGGCGGGCUCGGUGGAGGCACAGCCGGCAGCGUCCCAGAGGAGGAGGUGAGGGGGGAAAAGAGACGCGUGGACCCUGGGGGGCGUCAGGACUGGAACAGAAAGUGCGGUAACAAGUCGCAGCGUUUCCUAGCCCUGCCCUGGAUUUCUGAGUGCAGACCGAGCGACGCCCGCUCACCGGAGCCCGGACAGCUGGGGAGGAGGACGGAGAGAAAGGGAAUGCUCCUGGGAGGAAGAGGAGGGGACUGGAAGAUUGUAGAAGUUUACACUGUUGAAGUUCAUACUCUGUUCCUGGACAUGCAUAGAGAACAUGGACCUGGGUGUCAGUUAUAGAUACCUGAAAACUUUUGUUCCUUUGCACAAAGAUGUCUUUGGUGGACUUGGGAAAAAGGUUGCUAGAAGCAGCAAGGAAAGGCCAAGAUGAUGAAGUGAGAACAUUGAUGGCAAAUGGAGCCCCAUUCACCACAGACUGGCUUGGAACAUCACCCCUUCACCUUGCAGCUCAGUAUGGUCAUUAUUCCACAACAGAAGUGCUCCUUCGAGCAGGCGUUAGCAGAGAUGCCCGGACCAAAGUGGACAGGACGCCCUUGCACAUGGCUGCAGCUGACGGACACGCGCACAUCGUGGAACUUCUUGUUAGGAAUGGUGCAGAUGUGAAUGCCAAGGACAUGCUGAAGAUGACAGCUUUGCAUUGGGCCACAGAGCACCACCAUCGGGAUGUUGUAGAGCUACUUAUCAAAUAUGGAGCUGAUGUCCAUGCUUUCAGCAAAUUUGAUAAAUCUGCUUUUGACAUAGCCCUGGAAAAAAACAAUGCUGAGAUUUUGGUCAUCCUCCAGGAAGCAAUGCAGAACCAGGUGAAUGUGAAUCCUGAGAGGGCAGACCCUGUGACUACUCCUGUGACUGUUACUGCUCCCUUCAUCAUCACAUCUGAAGAGGUUGUUAACUUCACUAACUUUGUUUCCUCAGCCAACACGAAAACAACCUCAGCCAAUUCAGAGGAAAUUAUAGCGGGAAAUUCUGUUGACUCAUCGAUCCCACAAGUGAUGGGGAGUGGAGGCCAGAGGGUCAUCACCAUAGUGACUGAUGGAGUCCCUCUGGGUAAUAUUCAAACUGCAAUUCCUCCUGGAGGGAUUGGCCAGCCAUUCAUUGUAACUAUGCAAGAUGGACAGCAAGUUCUAACUGUGCCUGCUGGUCAGGUUGCAGAGGAGACUAUAAUUGAAGAGGAAGAGGAAGGAAAGUUGCCACUGACAAAGAAACCAAGAACAGAAGACAUGUCAAACAGUGAGGAGGAAAGCAAGGAAGGCAGCGAGAGAGAGCAACUACAGCAGCAACUUCAGGAGGCCAAUCUAAAAGCCCAGGAAUACCGACACCAGCUCCUAAAGAAAGAGCAGGAAGCAGAACUGUACUGUCAUAAGCUGGAGGCCAUGGCCGGACAGCAGCCCAACGGAGCCAAUUCCAGCAUGGUUGGAGAGGUGGCUGAGGUAGAUGCUAUAGUCCCAGAGCAGAAGGUGGAAAAGAGAGAGACAAAAGUGACUGGGUCAGGAGGGGCCGAAGAGCCUCCUCAUACUACAGUUUCCAUAGAAACUGUUUCAUCUUAACAUGCAAGGGCCACAACUCGCAUGUGUUCAUCUUACUCCUCUUUUAAAAAAUAAUACAGAAGACAAACAUUGUAUAAAAUUAAGAAAGUCCUUAAGAAGAAAAUUAUGGCAGGUUACAGUGCUUAGGCUUAGGAAGAUCUUUCUGCACCUGGAAAAUUCAAAGCCAUGUUUAGGGAACACUUCUUCUGAGGGACAAAAGAAUAAGGACCACAUUUCUUAGCCUGUAUCAUUGCUUUAAGCAUAAAUUUAAAAGAA